AUGGAAAAAGAUUCGACUAAACAUCGAAAGAAGAAUAAUAACGUUCCUUCUUCACAAGAAAUUAAAAGUAAAGGAAAGAAAAAUGAAACGUCUUUAUCUUUUACACAACCAAAUACACCUAAAGGAACAUCAACAAUUUAUUCUUCAUAUUCAGAAGAUAAAUAUGAUUCACCAAGAAUUACUGAAAGUUCAUUAAAUCCAAAAACAUUUAAAGGAAUUCCAAAUGUAGUUGAUAAUUCAAUUAAAUAUUUAAGAGAUACAUUAAUACUAAAUACUCUUUAUCAUCGUUCUAUUGAACAAUGGGAUAAUGAAGAAAUCUAUUCAUUAAAUUUUGUUCAAAAUAUACCAGCUUUAAAACAAUUAUUAUCAACAUUAAAUAAUCCAAAAACAAUUUUACAAUUUAAUUAUCAAGAUUUUAUAAAUAAUAAACUUAAUAUUUUUGAAUCACAACGUGUAAUUCAUUAUAUUUCACAAUUACGAAUGCUUCCAAAUAUUUUUAAACAUUUAACUUCUUUAACAUAUUUUGAUACUGCUGAUAUUAAAUAUGUUUUUAAUUUAUUACAUCGAUAUAAAAAUGGAAGUUCAAUUAAUCUUUAUCAAGAAGCUAAUCCAUUUAUAGUACUUAUAUUACUAAAAUAUUUUUUCUUAUCGUUACCUCAAUCAUUCUUUUGUGAUAAAUUAAUCAUUGAACUACUAAGUCUUAUAAAUUCUUCUUCUACUGAUAGCGAAAUAAGUUCAACAUCAAAUAGAGGUAUUCAAUGUUAUUCAUGUUCUUCAGAACAUACAAAAAGUUCAGAUGAAACAACAAAUUCAAAUGAUGCUGUUGGACUUCAUGCAUUAUCACCAAAAAAAGGAUGUAAAGAAAAAGAAAUUAAAAUGGUUUUAAAACAAUAUCUUGAUAUAGAAGAACAAUUAAUUUUUCAAGAAAUUAUUGAAUUAAUUAUUGACAUAAAAGAAGUAUAUGGAAAUGAAGAAGGGAGUUAUUGUACAAAAUUUUUCUUCGAUUGUUUUUCACCAGAAUAUUCAUUUGAAGAACCAAUUUAUUCAGUAAUUCCAUCAUUAUAUACAAAACAUAAAUAUGAAUCAUUAUUUUUAUUUGAUUCAGAAGAUUCAUAUAUUGGUGAAAUAACAAAAUGUAUUUUUGAUAAUGUUAGAUGUCCAUUAUCUGUUCUUAAUGAACCAUUAACAUGUCAAGAAGUUACAAUUCCAGGAAAGUUAGCAAUAACAAAUUAUAGAAUUAUUUUUAUUCCAUCAGUAAAUCUUGAUGUUCAAAGAAAAGCAAUACUUGGAAGGUUUUCUCAAUGUCCAUUAAAUAAUAUCAUUGAAAAAAAAUUGAUUGAAAUUGAAGGACAUUCAAUAGAAUAUGCAAUGAGAAUUAUAACAACAAACUAUAGUAUUCUAACAUUUUUUUCAUUUGAUAAUAUAUUUAAAAUUAUUGAUAAAGUUAUAGAUGAAAUUAUUAAUGAAGGAAUACAUUGUAUCUUUGUUAAUAGUAAUUUAAAAUAUCCAGUCAAUAAUACUACUGAUUGGAAAAAUAGAAUAAAGCGAUACCAUUGGGAAAUAUUUAAAAUAAAUGAAAAUAAUGAUAAAUUACCAUUUAAUGCACCAUUAAUAGAAACAAAUAUUAAAUGUUCAGAAACAAAUAGAGAAAUUUAUAUUUGUUAUCAUAUUAUUAAUACAGGAGCAAAUUUAUAUAGAUUAACUAUUCCAUUUAUAAAAAAUUUAAAAAAUGAAAUAACAGUUGAUAUAAUAAAUGAUGAAAAAAUCAAAUGUGUUGAAGUUAAUAUUAGUGAUUUAGAAACAUUUGACAAAACAUUUAAUGACAUAUUAAAUAAUUUAUCAAAUAAUAAAGAUUCUUUAAAUUAUAGAAUAUUUAUUGAAAAAGUUGGUAAAGUAAAUACAUUUGUGACACAUUUUUUAUUAAUAUGUGAAGAAAUUAUUUCUUUAUUAAAUAGAGGUAAAAGUGUAUUAUUAAUUCCAAAAAAUUUAAAAGAAAAUGAAGUUGGAUUAUUUUCAGGAUUUAUUGAAAUUAUAUUAGAUCCUUAUUUUAGAACUUUUAAUGGAUUUAUAGAAAUGAUUCAUUGUGAAUUUUCUUCAUUACACUUUGAUUUUGAAAUACAAAGAAAUAGCUUUUGUUUCUUUUUUGUUUGUUUAUUCUUAUUAUAUAAAACGUAUCCAACACAAUUUGAAUUUAAUGAAUCAUUACUUCAUUUCAUUUUUUAUCAUUAUAAUUCAAGAGUCUUUAAAGAUUUUAAUCAAAAUGAUAUGUCUUCAUUACAAAGUUAUAUUCAAUCACAUUUAAAUGAUUUUAAAAAUGAAUUUUAUGAAAGUACAUUAGAGGUUAUUCCUCUUCAAUUUAUAAAAGUUCAUUUUUGUAAUGAAAUCUUUUGUCAAGUUCAAACAUAUAAUCCUCAAACAGUUGCUAAAUUACUUCAAAAUUGUCGUACUGGAGAUUUAAAUUUGCAAGAAAUGAAUUUAUUUUUCUUUCCAAUUCAUCCUUCAUUUCCAGUAUUAAAUGGAAUAACAAAAUUAGAUUUAUCAAAUAAUAAAAUAAAUGAUUUUCCAACUGAAAUUGGUAAAUUAACAGGACUUAUUGAAUUAAAUCUUAGUCAAAAUAAAUUAAUUAUAUUAAAUGAUAUUGUUUCUAAAUUAACAUUAUUAACAUUAUUAAAUAUUGCAAAUAAUAAUCUUUCUUCUAUUCCAAAAUCUAUUACAACAUUAAAUAUUAUUAAUUUGGAUAUUAGUAAUAAUGAUUUACAAAGACUAACUUCUGUUAAUUUCCCAAGUUCUAUUCAAAGACUAUCAUUAAGAUCAAAUUUCUUUUCUUCUUCUAUUUCAAAUUUACAAUUAACUUAUCUUGAUAUAAGUGAAACACAUGGACUAGAACAAGGAGACUUUGCUUUAUCAUUACCAAAGUCAUUAGUUGAACUAAUUUUAAAUAAGUGUUUUAUUGAACAUGUACCACUUUCAAUAUCUAAAUUAACUAAUUUAGAACGUCUUGAUUUAUCUAUGAAUGAAAUUAGUAAUCUUCAUCCUUCUUUCUUUACAAUGACCCAACUAAAACAAUUAAAUCUUAAAAAAAAUCCAAUCCCCCAAAUAUCAAUUAUGUUUACUAGACUAGUUUGUUUAACUAAUUUACUUAUUGAUGAUAUAGUCUCUAUUCCAACUGUAAUGAAAGAUAUGUUUCCUGAAAGAGUAAUUAAAGAGAAAGUAAUAAAAAAAGUAAAUGAUGAAGAAUUUCAAGUAUUCUUAACUGGAGAUAUUUCUAAAAGUGAAAUUUUAUCUCUUUUAGCAAAGAAAAGUGGAAAAGAAAUUGAUGGUAGAUCAUUUCUUUUAGAAAAAAAUAUUAUUGUGAGUGAUAUUCCUUGUGAAGUUAUUGAAGAAAAUCCAUUUUUAAUAUUAAAAAAUUCAGUUUUUGUUAUUUGUAAACGAGUUACAAAAGCAAAAACAAAUGCUGUUCCAUUCUCUAGAUUAUUAAGCUUCUUUUCUUUUAUUAGAUUAAAACAACCAAUAAUUUGUGUUAGUGUUAGAGUAAAUGAAGAAACAUUAUUAAAACAAGAUGACUCAAUUCAAGAAAAAUUAAAAACAACAUAUCCAGAACUUAAAGUAUCAUUCACUUAUUUUGAUAUUAAUGGAAAAGAUAAACAAAUAAAAGAUUUCUUAAAAGUUAUUAAAAAUGCUACUGAACAAUGUAAAAUAAAUAUUUCUCCAUUAACGAUUAAAGUUAUUGAUGAACUUAAAUAUAUUGAUACAAUUCCUGGUAUAUUAGAAAUGGAUUAUCUUAAAAUGCUUAUGGAAUCAUUAUGUAUUAAUAAUAGUCAAUGUAAAUUAAUUAUUGAUACAUUACAAACAUUAAAUCAAAUUUUCUUGUAUCCAGAAACAUACUCAACUAAAUUAUCAAAUUAUACAAUUCAUAUCUUGAAUAAAAGACCACACAAAAAUCAUUUUGUUUUAUUGUCUUAUCAACUACCUGAAAUUAUUUAUCAAAUUUUAUCAAAAAAUGAAACUUCUAUUGGAAUUCAACUUCCUGACUUCUUUUUAAAUGCAGAAAUACCUCAUUUAACAUUAGAACAACAAGAAUAUAUCUUAAUUUUAUUAGAAUACUUUCAAAUUAUCUUUGUAUUAAGAAAAUCUUUCUUUGAACGUAUUGGACUAGCUGAUGAGUAUGAACAACUUAAUAGAUGUGUUAAUAAUCCUAAUCUAAUGACUAAAUAUACUUCUCAAUCAAUGUCUAAAAGUACUAAUGAAACUAUUUUAAGUCAAUCUACAAGAUUACCAUUUAAUAAUUCUACAAAUUCACUGACUACGAUUCCUCUUAAAAAAUCUUCUUCUUUUAAAAAACAUGGAAGAACACCAAGACUUCAAUUACCAAUAGAAUCACUUAGUCCAACAUCAGGCUCUCCAUUUAGUAGGUCUCCAAGAGGUUCAAGAAUAGAAGUUACAGAUAAAAAGCAAACAUUACCAAAAGUAAUGAUUUUAAAUUAUUAUGGAUUAUCACCAAAUAUGGAAGAUAAGUUAUGGGAAGAAUGCAAAAAAGAUGAAGUUGAAAUUGGAAGAUGUUAUAGAUAUAAUUGUCUUCCAAUUCAAUUUUGUAUGAUGUUAUACUCAUUAUUAACAGUUAAAUAUGCAGUUAUUAGAGGAUGGAGAGGUGGAAUAUUAUGUAAUAUUACUAUAGAAGAAUCACAUUAUCAAUUAUUAGUAGAAUGGGAUCUUGACAAAUUAAGAAUAUCAUUUAGAUUAAAAAUAAUUGUUAGUGGUGUUAAUUCAUUCCUCAGAACCAAAGACAUUUGGCAAGAAAUUAAAAUAUUACAUGAUAUAACAAUGAAAUAUUUUCCUCAAAUUAUAUCAACUUGUGAUGUUUUAUGUCCACAUUGCCUUACAAAAUUAGUGAGCGUUGAUAAUUGUUAUUGUAUUUCUAUGGAUGAAAUUGAUGAAACAUUACAAUGUGGAUUAUUUGCAGAUACAUUUGGAGAACAUUGUAUAGCCUUUGCUUUAAAUUGUUGGGAUGUUUUAGUUAAUAUAUUAGAAAUGAAGAAAGAACCAAUAAAAAAAGAGGAUAUUGAAAUAUUAUCAACAAUUACACAUGGAAGUUCAUCACAAAUUAAUUUAUGUAAAGUAAAAGGAUUUAAUGAAAAUGUUGUAGUAAAAGAAAUGGAAAUUGAUUUAACAGGAAUGUUAAUGAAUGGAGACGAUUAUGUAUCAUAUUAUAUUGACCGAGUAGAAGAUUUUCUUAGAGAAUGUGAAUUUCUUACAUUCCCAGAAAGUCCGUAUAUAGCCAAAAUUUAUGGAUAUUGUUUAAAUCCAUUAAGUAUUGUAAUGGAAUAUUUUAAUGGAGGUUCAUUAUUCCAAUAUAUUUCAAAAAAUCAUAAUAUUCCAUGGAAAGAAAGAAUUCAAAUAGCUAUUUCUAUUGCUAAAGGAAUGACAGUAUUUACUAAUCAAAAAUGUCCAGUAGUUCAUCGAGAUUUAAAAUCACCAAAUGUUAUAUUAAAAAUCAACAAAGAAGGUAAAAUAACCCAAGUUGCUAUUACUGAUUUUGGACAAAGUAUUCCAACAUUUGCAGAAAACUUUAAGUCAUGUCAUUGUGUAGAGUGCUUAUACUGGUUAGCACCAGAAGUAAUUGAAACAUCAACGUUUGAAUUAGAGAGUGAUGUAUAUUCAUAUGGAAUGAUUUUAUGGGAAUUAUCUACUCUAUCAGCUCCAUUUCCUCAGUUUAAUUUUAUGGAAGAAGUUCGUUCAUUUAUUAUGAGUGGAAAUCUUUUAGAAAUACCACCAUCCCCAUAUCCAGAGUUUGACAGUAUUAUUGCUGACUGUUGGAAAGUAGCUAAAGCAAGACCUUCGUUUGCUGCAUUAGUAGUUAAAUUAACAAAAAUUUACAAGCAAAUGUAA